AUGUGGGUCUUUGGGAAGAUCAUGGAGAGCAUGGAGAGCAUUCCUCUGGAGCUGAGUCGUUACAUUGGGAAGAGUGAGGAGGAUAUCUUUCUGUCUUCUAAGGCCAGUCUCUCUCUGCACAACAACAUCCUCACCCCAGACACGAUACCAGAGUUCUGCCUGCCCCCCAGGCUUUGCAAGAGGAGCCCGCUGCUGGAAGCUGAGACGACGGCACCUUUCCUGCUCCGUCAGAACCAGAUGCCCAAGAGCAGCACUUCUAAGACGAAGGACAUGAAGACGAAGAAUGGUGAUGUGUCGAUGGCUUGGAAGGCUUCACAGAAACCUUUGCCAUUCUCUGCAGAGGGGUAUGGCCUGGCUGGGAUAUAUGAGAGCCCCAACACUCGAAGGAAAGAGUCUCUCUUCCACUCAAAGUGCCCUGAUAACAUGUUUGAUAGAAGCCUUCCUACUGCAGCACCCAGGCUGGCAAAGGUGACUAACCUGCCCAAGAAAAAGUUAUCAGGGUUUUCCCCUCUGUUUUCUUCCAAAAGCCUUUCAGAGACAAGAAGCACAGGAAGUGAAACACCUUCAACACCUUCUUCCAGUGACUCCUCUCCCCUCAGUUCUCCUUAUACUGCUAAAUCCUCCCUCUAUUUCCCACCAGGUAGUGGCCGACUUAAAGGAGCAACGUCCUGUCCUUCAUUAAUUGACAGCAGGGAGAACAGAGGGAGGUGGAAAAGGGCGGUUUUAAAUUUAAUAAACUCGCCCAGUAGCCCUCCAAGCUUAGAGGGAAGCUCACUCACCUUAGCCCCACCUGUCCUCUUUCCGUUGGACGUUCUGCAGUACCAGGAGAGACUUCCACAUGAGCACGUCCUCCAUUUGCAGGGCCGUGGUAGAGUCUGCCUCUUCGCCGAGCACAGCACAGUCUCCACCAACACCUUCUCAUCCCUGUCCACAGUCAGAGUCCGUGUGGUGUCUGUGGAAGGUCUAAGGGAUGACACUGACCGACGGACCCUGAACUGUGCAGUCAAUCUGUGUCUGACCCCGGGGAUGCUGCAGCAGCAGGAGAGCGCCACCAUCAGGAACAACCCCAGCCCUGUGUUUAAUGAAGAUUUCUACUUUACAGAGCUCAGUACCGACGAUCUGCUGAAACUGCAGUUCAGGUUAAAAGUGGUGAAUAAACCUGCAGCUGGAAGACUGAGGAGAGGGACUGUGAUUGGAGUGAUCACCAAACCACUCUCUCAGUUACUGCCUCUUAAAAAACGGGUAGAGGAAUAAUUCAUUUUGUGUAAUUUGGUGGGAAGACAGCACAUGAUAUGUGAUAAUUACUACAAUAUCUACAAAAGAAAAAGGUUGAAGAGAGGGACAUAAUAAAUAAUAUAGUUUAUGUAGGCUGUAUGAGCAUUUUGUAGCUGCUGUAAAAUAAAUCCCAGAUGGUAGGAAUAUUAAGCAACAUGGGAACAGUAUUUAAAUAUGUACAGAAUCAGAAUCAGAAAUACUGGGAUGCUACAGUUGCUCUUAUAUAAUACGCAUAAAGAAAUAUGAGGAAAA